CGAUGACGCAGGUCGCACCAACGCGAUGGGAGCUACCCUCGUCCUCCGAGUUGAGUGCGAAGCUCGACUUCCCCGUCCGUUGGAACAAGAUCUCGGUACUUAUCAGCGCCGCCAUGCUCAUCAACAUCGCCUCCAUGCCGCUGAAAGCUUACUUGUCCGAGCAAGUCCCGUGGCGCGCAAGCGAGGCCCCCGAGCCUGUGUUUGCAAACUAUUCGGCCUUCAACGCAUGGUACCUCGCAUCAAACCAAGCCCGCUUCAACCGGCAGACGCUAGCCCACGCGUCGUCCUACUAUGUCGACGAUAGCACACGCACCGAUGUCAUUCGUGUGGCCCUCGACAUGCGCACCUCACAGCCCGAGUCGAGUUGCAUCUCGUUCUUGCUGGGCUUGCCGGGACUCAUUUUCUACAGCGGUGGUUUUUGGAACGUUCUCUGCUCGUUCGAAGCGAUCGACCACCGCAACGCAACCCUUGGCGAUGCCUUGCGCUGGGACAAGGUCGGCGCGUGCCAGUACGGCAAGUUUGCCUCCGUCCUCGUCGGGCGGCAGUGCGUUUGGCUCACGACCGGCAACGAUUUAACCGGAUUUGACGCGCCUGGAGUCUACACGCUCACGUUUACCUUCCAGCUCGGCCGCUUCUACAAUUGGCUGUGGUGCAAAUUUGCGUACCGCGUUGGCCUCACAUGCUACGUCCUGCGCGUCAUGUGGCGCGCCUACUACCGCCACUGCUUGCAUUUGGCGCGGACGCUGACGACCCACGGGCUACAGCGACGCACUCCUCCAUGUACGUCGUUUGAAAUUGUCGUUGGGGACCCAACGGCCCUCGUAUUGCUCAACCCGAUCGUCUCGACGGCGUUCACGUUGGACAUUUGGUUCAGUAUGGAGUACAUGGGCAUUGCCAUGGUGCGCGCGACGCAGUUUGUGGAUCUCUACACGCUCUUUCUCGCCUUCUUGUACUUUUCCCGCACGGUAUGGUUUGCCUACCUCGCGCUCGCGUUCACAUCGCGCUGUCUCAAGCGGUAUCACAAAGAACACUGGUUUGUCGAAGUCGACCCGACGAUCGUUGCCGUCUGCGUCGCCGUGUACUCGAUCCCGGUCGACUACCUCCAGGCCAACACCGUCGUGGUCUACUUGUACUACUACCUCUUCCGCCUCCCAUCAUCGACCGACAUGCAGGACCACCAAGUCGAUGUGCUCUUUGGGUGCGUCCUGCUCACACUUCUCAUUGCCGCUGUCCCAAUUGUCUAUGGCUUUGCGCGCGCCCGCUGCAGCCGCAAGGCAACGACGUCUGUUCCGUAUGCGAGUCUUGACUACAACAGCGUCAAGAACCGACUGUUGUUCAAGCUCGUACGAUCGAUCACAGUGCGCCGCGGUCUCGUCGACGAGUCGGGUGGGUCUCUCUAUGCUGCGUUUGCGCAUGAUGCUCGAUACAAGAUGCACCCGACGACCAGUCUCCGCAGCGUCGACUGCUUUGUGUUGACCAAAGCACGAGGUCGGACAACGCAUCUGGAGCGGCUCAGCCUGCUCUCGAGCCUCGACCGAUUGGGCUCUGAAGCCGCGUUGGCGAUUUCGGUCGAAAAAGCUGCGACGGCCGAGCGCACGUUUGCCAAGCUUGCGGCGCACAAGAGCAGCUUUCAACUGGCGCUAGGAAACGAGCCGUCGGCGUGGUGCUCGUAAUGCGUUGGUGGUCCUUGCACACUUUGUACACGGGCACUGCGCCGCCAUCGGGGUUGUUUCAUAUGCCGCAGCAAACACGAGCGCAUUUCAUUAGCGACUAAGCUUCAAUCGAUAUUCGUGCUACCGUUGUC